CGAGUCGGCGAGGGUCGCCACGCUGCCAAAAUGAGCGCGCGCGACCCACCACCUCGCGUUCUUCUCGGCGUCAUGUCCAACCCUGUCAAGCCCGCAAUGCGCGCCCAGCAGCGCAAGUGGGCCGGCCACUUCCAGCACGCAGCCAACGUGGACGUGCGGUUUGUUCUGGGCACCACCUUUUUCAACAACACGCAGCGGCCUCCACCCGAGUGGGACGAGCUCAAGGCGGAGGAGAAGGAGCACAAGGACAUCAUCUUUGUCGAGGGCCGCGAGAAGCUGCCGCACGUCGGCGUCGUCACGGAGAAGAGCGCGUCGUUCUGGCUCUCGCGCGGCGCCGAGUCGCCGGGGUACGAGUGGUACUGCAAGUGCGAUGACGACACGCUCGUCCACCUCUCGCGCCUCGGCGAGACCCUCGCCAACGUGACCCGAUCGCUCGGCCGCACAGCCCACGUCUACUUUGGCCACCUCAAGUGGCGCGGCUGGGAGGCGGGCCACCGCUUCCAGGCGUGCGGCGGCGGGUGGGGCGACUCGGCCAAGACGCUGAGCGAUAUCCUCGGCGGCGGAGGCAUGCCCGACGGAUCGCGCUAUCCCCCCUGCCCGCACGCCGCGGGUCCGGUGCCCUACAUGAGCGGAGGCAUGGUCUGCAUGUCGCGGCCCCUCGCCGUGGCGAUGGCGGCCGACGCCGCCUUCCGAGACUUCUACGAGACCGCGCGCAAGCGGAACGACCGCGGAGUCGCGUGCAAGCGUCCGGAGCGGUGCGCCGCGCAGCCGUACGCCAGCCACAUGUGGCACCACGAGGACGCGGGCGUGGGAUUCAACGUGUUUCGUGCGGCGCCGACGCAGCAGCGCCAGGCUGCCAAGGUUGGCGCCGCCAUCUUGCGUCAAGAGUCAGGCGCGGGACGGUUCGUCGACCCGCGCUUCUGCGCCGUCCCGAUCGGGGACGCCUUCGCGUGCUGCGGCUGGCCGUGGCAGCUGCCGCAGCUGCGCUCGCUGGUCCUGCGCGGCGUUGCGGCGUGGGCGGAGGAGCGCGGCGGCGCGUCGAGCGAGGUGAUGACGCCCGAGGCGCUGCACAAGGUGAUCAAGCGGCUGUACCGCGACGAGUCCAAGGGGGUGCACAACCGCAAGGGCUGCGUCGCCGACUGCUUGCGCAUCGUCGUGCCGCGCGGGGUCGACUUCGAAAAGACUCUCGCCGAGAUGGAGCUGAGGGGGGACGUGCGGCUCCUCUGGUCCACCCCGGAUGGCAAGCGGCCGCCGGCGCGCGGGAUGAGCUGGGAAGGCGUCGGGCGGGCACAGGUGGCCAGUGUCGCGCCGUGAACGCGAGUCAGGCGGACGCACUUGUACCAGGACUUGUGCGGCGGUGCUUCUCGUGCUUCUCGCCCCCGACGGCGCCGCACCGCGCAGGCUGAAAAAAUCAAAUGUCCUCAUCACAUGCGUCUCGUCUGUGUGCUGUCAAGUUGGUCGUGUGUGUGUGUGUGUGUGUGUGUGUGUGUGUGUGUGCGUGUGUGUGUGUGUGUGUGUGACGUGGGACUUACACUGCAGAGGUUUUUGC